CACCAAUUCUCGUCGUCUGAUUCGAACACCCAAACGAAUCAGACAAUAGGCAAACACCAAACUUUAUCCUUUGAUUCGAAUCUCGAUUAGAAAGGAAGCCCUAAGGUGCAUUUAAAUCCAUUCUUAAACCAAUCUUGAAACCUUAAUCUACCAAAGAGGAUGCUAAUAUCGUGUUCCCUAGGGUUUCUAGAUUUUCAUUGAUCAUUUACUCAUAGAAUAUGAGCUUUCAUCGCCGGACUUUUUCAUACGAUAAGCUUCCUACCGAACCUAUUAGGCUCUCCGUUCUCAAACUAGAUGGCUCUUCCUUCGAUGUUCACGUAACGAGCUCGGCGAGCGUUAAGGAUCUUAAGCAUGCCAUAGAGACUGCCUUCAGCCACGUCCCCAAGAAGGGCCCCUCCAAGAUCUCAUGGCCACACGUGUGGGGGCAUUUCUGCUUGUGUUUUGGGGAUCAGAAGCUGGUCACCGAUACGGAGUGCAUCGGAAGUUAUGGGAUGAAGGAUGGUGAUGAGGUAAGGUUCGAGAACCAUGUGUCAGGCAAUGCCGUAUUGAACAAGGGAUACUCUAGAAAAUCCAAACAAAAGAACUCAGAGAGGGUAGGGCCAAAGGAUGAAGAUGAGGAAGCUAAUAGGAUAGAGGAGAUUGAUCAAGGCUCUUGGGAUGAUCUCGAGAAAGGAAGCUUAGUUAGGUACAAAGACGAUGGCUUAGAAACUUCACCAAGGGAACACAGGACUUGUAUGAACACUCUCCGAGGUUGCUGCUUUGCUUUUGGUUUAAAGGAGCUUUUUCGGUUUGGCAAUGAUAGAAGCUAUUACUCUUUAAGAGAUACUUGGAGAGACGAUUGAUUGCUUUCUAUUUGUAAGAUUUUUUGUCACACAGGAGACAUUUAAUUUUUGUAAUCAACAACAAAAUGAUCCAAGGAUCAUGUUUAUAUUACAAAGGAUAGUAUGUUCAGGGAAGCUUUAUACAAUGAUAAUCAGUACAGAUAGUGCCUUAAAACAAAAACAAAAAAGUGGAAAAACAGAGAUUUUGGCAGAAGACAACACAUAAAAAACAACUCCAAAGAGUUGUAAAUGGCGACUAAGAAGUUACACCGUCAUUGCCAAAAGCUCUACACGAGGAAAGAUGAAAGGCACUACCACAUACCUAAAACCAGAUAACAAGAACUCCCCACAAGAACACUAAA